AUGAGGCAAUCACCUCACCAUCCGAACGACUCUGCAAGACGAAGAAGUUCUGUUGGCCAAAAUCUGCGGACGAGCUUUGGCAGCAGUAUCCCUAGAGUUCAAUCUCGGAUUGCUCUUGCUCGAUCAACAAACCAUAACCAACCUGCUUUUGAUUUCCUUACGGGCGAGUCGGUGAACUCGCGACCACCUUCGAGAGGACAGGAUUUUAGGAAAUCCACGUUGCGCAAAGCACCCUCGACCGAAUUUGGAAAUGAAAAUCGUGUGUCAGACGAAGAGGAGGAGAAACGAAGGCGGGAGCUGGAGGAAUUAAAAGCGGAAAUUAAGACCCUAAAAUACACGAUAGACAAUCACAAUCAGGAGGAGGAACUCACUAAAUUGCGGCAUGAAAGUGAACUGCGGGAUGUGCGCCGAAAAGGCGAAGAAGAUUUCAAGGCGCGACAGGCCACGGAAGCUGAGAAGUCGAAAGUGGCAAGACAGUGCGAGAGCUUGUUGAAAGAGAUCUCGGAGCUCCGAGACGGGGGAAGUAAUGAAAAAGCCGCACUGGAUCGGCGACUUAGGGAAGUUGAAGAAAGCAAACGCGUGUUAGAGGAAGACGUAGAGGAUUUGAAAUCCGAACAACAAGAAAAUAUCCGGAAUGUGGAAAGAAAAUCCAAAGAGCUGCAAACUAGAAAUGAGACACUACAGCAGGCUGUAGAGGAUCUUCAGCAGGAUUCUGAUAGACGUGAGAGCUUGUUGCUCGAGGCUCAACGGCAACUUGCAGAGAAAGAUAAAGCCUGUGGUAAUUUGGAGUCCGAGGUCUUGCGCCUGAAAGCACAAACAGGAGACUUGGACACAUUAGCGAUCAUCAAAAAGGAACUCAGUGAACAAGUCACUCACAUUCGUACUCUUGAAGCUAAGAACAGAGAGCAAGCGGCGGAGCUCAAGCACUUCAAACAGCUGCAUAAGAGUGUGGAGGUCGCAGAAGAGGAAAAGCGAUCGUUACAGAGGAGAAUUGACAUUUUGGAAGGUAUUGAGAAUGAGCUUGGUGAAGCCAAGAUCCAGCGACAGCGACUCGAGGACGAGAGGCUUGCCUGGACUGCGUACCUACAAAGCCAAGCUGGCCCAGAUGGACAGCUGGAGUUUGACUCACCGGAAGCCCUUGCAAGAGCUCUUAUUACCGAAAGAUUGCAGACCGCAACGUCUCUUGAACGGUUAGGGGCGUUAGAAGCAGAAUUGUCAGACAAGGAUUUGCAGAUUCAAACCCUCCAAACAGGAAAAUUGGACCUUUCGGCCGAGAUAGAGAAGCUUAAAGCCAACGGUGGUGGUGCUGGGGAUAACAAAGCGCAGUUAAGACUUGAACGACAACGAGCCCUAGCAAUCAAAGAAGCUGAAUAUCUUCGAGCGCAACUCAAGACCUACGAUACUGAAGAUGAUACUUUCUCCCCGGAAGCUGUUGAUGAAGCGAAGCUGAAACGUAUUCAAGAACUCGAGGAUAUGGUGGAACAAUACCGUCAAGAGGUACAAACGCUUCACAACGACAUUGCUGCUCAAGAGAAAGCUGUUCAAACUCCGGCACCAGCUCCCGAAACUGGAUCGAAACGUCCUCGAGAUGACGAGGCAGAGAACGAACGUUUGGGUCUUCUGUCAAGAAAGAACCGCAAAUUACAAGACGAACUAAGCACAUUGCAAACCUCUCAAAAAGUCCUCGAAAAAGAACUUUCAGUAACCAAAAAGCGUUUAACAGCCGCCACAACCGAAAGACAAACCCGCGUCCUCUCUCUCCGCUCAAACCCAACCUCAGAAGUCGAAGCCAUCAAACUCUCCACCCUAACCACCCUCCGCCAAGAAAACGCCGACCUGCUCGCGCGCCUCCAAGGCGACUCAACACCCACCACCGUCCCCGCCUCCGCCCUCGAAGCAGCGCAACAAUCCAUUCGCGACGUGCAAUCCGAGCUCGAAUCCGUCAUCAAGCGCAACGACCGCCUUAAGAAAGUCUGGGGUGCCAAAUCGGCCGAGUUCCGCCAACUAGUCAUCUCGCUGCUCGGCUGGGAUAUCGUGUUCAUGCGCGAUGGGAAGACGCGAGUUACCUCUGCUUUCUACCCAUCAAAGGAUGAAGAGGAGAAUAGUAUCCUCUUCGAUGGCGAGAGGGGCACGAUGAAGAUUAGUGGGGGUCCUCAAAGUGCGUUUGCGGUUAAGAUUGGGGAUCAGAUUAAAUUCUGGGUUAAGGAGCGGGGGAGCAUUCCGUGUCUGCUUGCGGCGUUGACUUUGGAGUUUUAUGAGGAGGGGAAUAGAGAUGGGACGUUACAGGUAAACGUUUAG